AUGUUAUGCGCCGUCGAAUACUGCCACCGUCACAAGAUUGUCCACCGCGACCUCAAGCCCGAGAAUCUCUUGCUCGACGACAACCUCAAUGUCAAGAUUGCCGACUUUGGCCUGAGCAACAUCAUGACGGACGGCAACUUCCUCAAGACCAGCUGCGGGUCGCCCAACUACGCCGCACCCGAGGUCAUCGGUGGCAAGCUGUACGCCGGACCUGAGGUGGAUGUCUGGAGCUGCGGCGUCAUCCUCUACGUCCUGCUCGUCGGCCGUCUCCCCUUCGACCAUGAGCACAUCCCCACCCUAUUUGCCAAGAUCGCCCGGGGCAGUUACAUGGUACCAACCUGGAUGAGCCCCGGCGCGGCGAGCCUCAUCAAGAAGAUGCUUGUUGUGAAUCCUGUCCAGCGUGCCACUAUCGAGGACAUCCGCCAAGACCCGUGGUUCCUCAAAGACCUGCCUGCAUAUCUCCAUCCUCCCGUAGAAGAGUUCCUCAACACGGGUGUCGAUCCAAACAAAGCCAUCAAGGUAAGCGAUAUUGCGCCCAACGCGCCGCCACAAGAACAAGAGAAACUGCACAACGAAGUCACCGAUAAGAUCAGCAAGACCAUGGGCUACGGAAAGCGGGACGUCGAAGAGGCACUCGAGGCCGAAGAGCCGUCCGCCAUCAAGGAUGCCUACAUGAUCGUGCGGGAGAACAAGAUGAUGCAGAGCAACCAACUCGCCCUUGGCGCCUCCGUACGUGAGCAAAGUGGGCAUCCUUCCGAGCAGUUUGACGGUGUACCAUAA